GUGUACACAAGUAGCAGUGUAAACAGGAGAUGCAUGGUGCGAUUAGGAAAUUAAGGAAAAGGGUGCAACUCAAAUAAACACUGAAAAGACACACACAGAAACACACACACACACACACGAGAAAAUACCCUGGGACAGAUGGGCCGCUCAUAGAAUCUUAAAGACUGCAAGUAGUAUUGCAAGGGCUCACUUGCACUGAUUCCCAUCCACACUGGCAACCAGAGAGGCAGCUGACUGUGCUGGAGGGACAGGACACUACAGCUGCUGCUGAGUACCCAGCCAGGAGACAAAUAUCAAUGACAAGCAUGAAUGGAGCUGUAUUUAAAUCGCUCAGCUUUCAGAUCGAAAGUUAGCAUCCGUGAUCAGUGUAAUGGAAUUUUUGCUGAGCCAUCACCUUUGUGACUGAGAAACAGGUGAGUCAAUCUGUUCGAGAGAGAAAAAAACUGCUCUGGGAAGAUAACCAACAAUUCCUGGAGGCACUGCUAAUUUGAGAGUAAUUUAUAUUGAGACAAAUUGCCAAUACAGAUUAUGAAGAAGAAGCAAGAGUCCAAAAGAGGAUUAUGGUAUUUAAUGGAGUUGUUCACAGGAGACUUUACACACAAAUACAUAGAUUGUGAUUAGCCAGAUUUGGACAUUAGAAGGCUCUGCACUGCACAAAUCCCAAGUGUUCCAGAGAAGAUUUAAGAUGGAUUCUUAAUUUCUACAUUUGUCAGAACUUGUAUGGACCAAACUGGACCCUUUCUGUGAUUUGCUUUGGAUAUUUCUUUAGAUAUUUAUAUAGAUAUUUAUAUUUCUUUAGAUAUCUAUGAGCAAGGUCCCAUAGAUUGCACCUUAGAACCUACCAGUAGUAAUCUACACAUUUUAAAAUAAUUAUUAAUUGAAUGCAUAAAUAAUAAUAAAAAAAGAAAUGAAGCAUUCUGAUAUUCUCGGACCCGACCAAUCCUGGCCAUGCUUCAUAACUCCCACACCCCGCCUUCGCCUCAACACCCUGGACUUCUCCGACCUGUGGGACGAUGAGGACCUCGAGCCGGACACCCACGACGACGACGCCAUCUUCACCUCCUCGGGCUUGGACAGUGUUACCUUCACACCCCCUGUGCCACCCCCUCUGCCACCCUCUGCCCCCCCCCUGCCACCCUCCGCCCCUCCUCUCCCACCCUCCUCUCCUGGCCCCUCAGGUGGGGGCAGUGGCGCUGGCAGCCGUACCCUGAAGCUCCACUGGAGGGAACUGCAGAGCCUGCCGCCCGUGCCCCAGGUGUGCCGCUUCGGCAGCCAGACCAUCUGGGCGGGGCUGGAGCCUGUGCGUCUGGACACCAACCGGCUGGAGUACCUGUUCGAGAGCAAGAGCAGUGCGGCGAGUGGUGCCCUCCGCAGUCUGGUGAUGGGAAGGCAGCAGCCUUGUGUGUCGGUGUUGGGGGUGAAGAGGAGUAACAUCAUCACCAUCGCUCUGAGCAGCUUGCCCCCACCCCACCUGCUCCCUCCGGCCAUCUAUAGCAUGGACUGCUCUGUGCUCGAUCGAGAGGAUGUGCAGAGGCUCCAGGCUCUGGUUCCCACGGACGAGGAGCUGAAACUGAUCAAGGAGGCCAAAGCCCAGAGCCCCCGCUGCCCCCUGGCCUCGGCUGAGCACUGCCUACAGACUCUGGGGGGCAUCCAGCACUUGAGCUCCAGGCUUCAGCUUUGGGCCUUUGCUCUGGACUAUGACACACUGGAGAGGGAAAUUGCAGAGCCUCUCUUUCAUCUCAAGCAUGCCAUGGAACAGCUGGCAACCAGUCAAACUUUCCGAUGUAUCCUGGCAACUGUGCUGGCAAUAGGCAACUUUUUAAAUGGCUGCAAGGCUCGUGGUUUUGAGCUGAGUUACCUGGGCAAACUCUCCCAGGUGAGGGACACCCACGGCCGACAGCCACUCUUAUAUCACGUGUGUACGCUCCUGCUGGAGGUUUACCCACAAUGCUCUGACCUCUACUCGGACAUCACUGCUGUCACCAGGGCCAGUAAGUGUGAUUACUCUCAAGUCCAGUCAAACCUUGCCCAGCUCGAAGCCCACUGCAAAGCAUCAUGGGAACAGUUGCGGCUGCUGGAGAAGGAUGGGGACCAGCGGAGGAGCAAAGGCAGUCGGAGCAGAGGGUCGAACCAGUCCGGUGACCCCGGGACAGAAGGGUCCCUCCGUCAGAGGCUACCCAAGUUUCUGAAGGAGUGCGAGGAAAGACUGAAGGUGCUUAGAGCCGUCCAUCGACGAGUCAUCAACAGAUUUCAUGCUUUCCUGCUCUUCCUGGGCUACUCUCGUGCUAUGGUGAGAGAGACCAGAGCGGAGGCCUUCUGUAAAACCGUGAGUGACUUUGCCCUGGAGUACAGGGCAACACACAAUGCCAUCCUGCAGCAGAGAGAGAGGGAGAAAGAGAAGGAAGGAGACAAGGAACGGGAAAAGAGAGGAGACAGUCUCACCCCUCAGCCCAAGCCAAAACAGCAGCCUCGGACACCAUCUCCGGAAAGCCUUGAACAACGCAAACUAGAGGAGUUACUGAGGACUCCUGAGUCAUCUGUUAGACGGGACCUCAUGAUGCCCAGACACCGCAGUAGAACACCAGACAAAAGAGGUUUACACCUGCGGAAGCUAAAAUUGUGAUGCCAGCUAUUCUACAACACUGACAAAGCCUGUUUGGAAAAUCUUUGCUCCUCUGUUAAAUGCCAGUCGUUAUUUCAUGCCUUAAUGUAGUCUUCUUGAAAUGAAUGUGAAAAUACAUAGCUUACUGAAUACCAUUUCAUUUGAAUGGCAUGCACUAAUAAGUAAUAAAUGUUUGUAUUCUGA